GAGAGAUUUUCGUAUAAAAAAGGGAGAGGGGGGUUUGAGGAUGUAGGAAGAAGAAGAAAGAGAAAGAGGGAGCGAUUGGAGCCUGACUGUCAAAUCUACUUAUUCUCGCAUAUCCGCUCUCUCUCGUUCUCUCUCUAAAGAGGCCAUUGUUGGUGAAUGAGUGGGUCUGUACUUCUCUUGGAGGAUUUUGAUGGGAGAAUCAGGCCAUCUUUUCAUUGGAGGUUGAUCAUUCCUUUUGCUUCCUUACCUUCUUCCCUUCUUUUUCCUCCUGCUGCUGACCCUCGUCGCCAUCGCCGGCCAUUUCUCGCGCCCUCUUUUACGAGAAGAGGAGAAAUGUUCUGCGUCUCCGAGGCCUGAUAUCGAGUCAAUUCUGGAAAUAGAAUGGAAGGGGAUACGUACCCAGGCCCUGGCAGCGCCACGCAAUUUGACAGUAAGGUUCUUCAGACCUUUCAGAAGAGCUUCCUUCAGGUUCAGAACAUCCUGGACCAGAACAGGGUACUAAUCAAUGAGAUUAACCAAAAUCACGAGUCAAGGAUUCCUGAUAACCUCAGCAGGAACGUGGGUUUGAUCAGAGAGCUCAACAAUAACAUUCGGCGGGUUGUUGAUCUCUACGCCGACCUCUCGAGCUCGUUCACUAAAUCAAUGGAGGCUUCUUCAGAUGGCGAUUCUGCGGGAACCACGAAAUCAGAUGGGAAGCUUGGUCAAAAGAGAGUUAGGCCAGGGUGAAAGCCUCUCUCCUUCGAGGCUAUAAUUCUUUUAGAUGAUGGAUGAGAAAGAUAUAUACGGGGAUUCAGCUACCCUCUUGGGCGGCUAACACUGUUCAUUUUACAGAACUCGUUCUGUGCCAGUAGAACUUGUAGGUUGUUACAGCAUCUCUGGCCUCCAGAUGUUGAUGGGUCUUGUUUGUUUCUAGCACCUACAUAGAAGAAGGGCAGAAAAUAAGGAGAGAGAGAGAGAGAUCCUGCCAUGAAAGGGAAUGAAGAUCCUUUGUUUGUGUAACAAAUAUAUGCCCAUCAAUAUUCUUGGAUGUUGCUUUCUCCCAUCACUGUGUUGAGCCACUGAUUUGAAGCAUUAGUACUGCAGUUCUUUAUACUUUCUUUUGGGCAUAAAGUUGUAAAGUUUGUGCUGCAAAACACAUCUUUGAUCUGCUAAAACUGAGCCUCCUCACCUUUUCCACAUACAAAAGGAUGAAAUCUGAUUUGGGUCUUUUUCAAAUUCUUCAACCAUGAACUCCACAGUUGUGUUCUUAUCUUUUA